UGUUACCGUUUUGGGGUUGGCUAUUGCGUCAUCGUUUUAUUUUCUCGUACCUUUUGGCUCGUCGUUUGAAAACAAAAUUCAGCAAAGCUUGCGCUUUUUUUCCGCAAAUCGGGACAGCAGCUGAUGAAGACCAAUAUAAAAUGUCGGUAGCAGUCUUCUAGAAAAAAGCGGCAAGAAAACGUGACGAAGAAUUUGUUGGCACUUGGCAGCCGUCAUCAAUGGAAGUCUGGAAGGCGUGGCCUUGUGGAAUUGACUAAUCCCAGCCUUUGUUGUGAAAAUGGCGUGAGUUUCUGACGUCUGCUACCAUGUUUUCUACUAGGUAUGUGUUAUGUUAGUGAUUCAAUGUUCAGGGAACGACGAACUUGAGAAGUGUUGUGCGAAUUUUCUGCACGUUUCCCACCGAAAGACGGUCAAUUUUACAAAGAGAGAGUCAUUUGGUUUAACAUUUAAUUGUUGUCAACAUAUUUGACGAACUAAACAUUCGGACAUUUUUUUAUUGGCACGAUGAAAGUCGGGCAGUCUUCAGAGAUUUUUGGAUCCUUGCAGAAAAGAGUUUUCUUGAGGAAACCAUUAGAAAGAUGCCAACCUUAUUCUUUUCACAAGUUAAAAGUGCAGAAACGGGGAUCAUCUUCACACACUAAUAAUAAUGGAGAAAUUGUCACAGCCAAGGGGCAAACUAUAUCACUCAACAAAGAUUCAACAACAAGAGUUACUUCCCAGUUCAAGACGAUAACCACCCUAUUUGUGGAACUAGUCAAAACAAACACAUCCUCUUUUGAUCUUUCUCUAUCUAGUUUGGCUAAGCGACUACCUUUUCAAAAUGUUCAAACUGACAUACCCAAAGACAACAUUGCUAACAAAAAACUAGAAGAAAAAGAUGGGGUUGAGGUUAAGACUGGUAUUCCGUCGUACUUUGAUAUCAUGGGAAGGAAGAAAGAAGAAAAGAAAGAAGCUGCAAUCCCUCAAUGGAAAAUCAAGCGCAAGGCUGUUAGCCAAGAGAGUGUAGAUGCUCGAACAAAGCAUGUUGUUUCUGCAGUUGCCAAAGCAGUUACUAAAUCAAGUUUGUUGGUGCGCCUUGAAGAUUUUUGCCAUCACUUGUUUCAAUAUCCUGCAGCAAAGAGUGUAGCCUCUCGGGAAGGAGCCAUUUCAAUUCUUUUGCGCUUAAAGCACAGCAUUCCUCGCGAUGAACUCAUCCAACGUCAAAUUCGUGAAGGUCUUGCCUUACUUGGUUAUGCUGAUCCUUUGCCAGCCAAAGGUAUUCGCAUUUUAUCCAUCGAUGGAGGAGGAACCAGAGGCCUGCUAGCUCUUCGAAUCCUCCGUCACCUUGAGAAAAUCAGUGGUAAACCUAUUUAUGAGAGUUUCGACUACAUUUGCGGUGUGUCUACUGGAGCCGUCCUUGCCUUACUUAUUGGUGCUGCUAAAAAGAACGUCAAAGACGUAGAGACCAUGUACCGAGAAAUAAGCACAGAAGUUUUCAAACAGGACCGUUCUUCCGGACUUGGUGGACUCUUAUGGAGUCACGCAUACUAUGACACUAGCAAGUGGGAAACAAUUCUUAAAGAUAAAAUAGGAGAAACCAUAAUGAUUCGAACUGCUCGAGAGCCGAAUUGCCUCAAAGUUUCGGCCAUAUCUAGCAUUGUUAGUCAGGAAAUGCUACGGCCUUUCGUAUUCCGCAACUACACGUUACCUUUCCGCGUUCAGUCGCUCUACAGCGGUACUUUCCGCCACAAAAUGUGGGAGGCGGUAAGAGCUUCGUCGGCUGCCCCUGGAUACUUUGGCGAGUUCAAAUUAGAAGAGAAUCUUCACCAAGACGGAGGGUUGUUCGUCAAUAACCCAUGCGCCGUGGCCAUUCACGAAGCCAAGUGCAUCUGGCCAAAUGCCAAGCUGUUGAGCGUAGUGUCAAUUGGCACCGGUCGCUGUCAGCCGCUAAACAUGGCGGCUGGUGUAAAUACCAGUGAUCCUACGAAUACCUCUUUGAAACAGAAAUUGAGUAAGGUGAUUGAUUCCGCCACUGACACCGAGCGUGUUCACACCAUACUUCACGAUCUUUUGCCGCCCAAAGUGUAUUAUCGUUUCAAUCCGUACUUGAGCGAGAUCCACAGCCUGGAUGAGACGGAUCCAGCCCGAUGGGAAAGCAUGCUCGAAGAUGUCGAGAUGUACAUUAGAAAGAAUCAUCGCAAUAUGAAUCAAGCCGCCAGUACCUUACAAAUGCCCCGAAGUUCGUUUCAGUCUGCAAAAGAUUGGGUAUUAGAAAAGCGAUUUUUGCUACAGAACAAGGCGACUUUCUAGUCUAUCAGCAAAAACCGUCUAUUUUUUUAAAACACGUUGGACCUUUUGUUCUUCAAUUAGGGAUAAAUUGACUUUUAAAGGAAUUUGAGUGACGAAGCUUAAUCGAAGUUUUGAAACUAUGAUUACGUUAAAAAUUACUACUAGAUUAGUGAUGCAAAUGUGUCACAAAAUAACACACAGUUAAGUCGUGUAUUGUGCUCGUUGAAAAGUUUUGUAAAACAGGUUCUGUAAAUUUUUUUAUGGCUCAGUCUAAGUUGGCGCUAUUUCUUGAAUCAGUUGUAUAUCAUCAGAGAUACUAUAUACAAACCGAUAUCCCCCUG